GUUUUAGCUGUUGUUAGGGGAGGGGUACUGCUAACGAGAACUAUGUGACGAGAUUUGUUUUGAAAGUGAAACCAAAGUCAGGUGACUCAUAGAGGACAGACGGCAUUUUAUUUGCAAAUAUAACGGUUUAUUUUCAGACUCUUAUUUAAUCUACCCGAAUUUAAAGUGUGCGCCAUGGCUACUGCGACCUGUCAGCUGUCUGAGGAUCAGUUCCUCUGCUCGAUCUGUCUGGACGUGUUCAUAAAUCCUGUUACUUUACCCUGUGGUCACAACUUCUGCAAGACAUGUAUUGAUCAUCACUGGUCCAUUGAAACCACAAGCAAAUGUCCUUAUUGUAAACAAGUUUUUAAUCCAAAACCAGAUUUAAGAGUCAAUAUUUUCAUUUCUGAGAUGGCUGAGCAGUUCAGACAAUCUCAGAUAACAAACAGCUCACAGCUGCAAACAAAUGCAGAUGAAGUAUUUUGUGAUUUUUGUACCGAUCCUAAAUCAAUGGCCCUGAAGUGCUGCCUGGACUGCCAGUCCUCCUUCUGUGAGUCCCACCUUGAGCCACAUCUGACCAUAGAAAUCCUGCAAACACACAAACUUUUCGACCUCCAGAGAAACCUGGAGUGUAAGGUUGAAGAAAGAACAGCAUCAAGGACAGACCCAGAAAUCCAGGAAAUGAUUGCAAUGAGACAGCACACCAUCAAGGAACUGUGCCAUCUGAUGGAGCUCAACAACAAAGAUGCAAAUAUAGAAAUAACAAACGCCAUCCAAGCCUUCACCGCUCUGAAAGAAUAUGUGGAGAAAGAUCUAGACAACCUCAUACAAGACAUAACCAGGAAGAAGAAGACCACAGAGGACAAUGCAAAGGGUUUUAUUAAAGACUUAGAGCAAGAGAUGACAGAGCUCAAAACUGGUGCUAGAACUGUCACAAAAGAUUGGGCAAACUUGAAUAUUCGCAAACCAACUUACGAAGGGAUAACAGUGAGAGCCAUGGCGCAGUUAGAUCAGAAAAUCAGUCAGCAAAUGAGUAGAGCUUUUAUCUUCGAGUUACAAAGAGUCCAAAAAUAUUAUGUUUAUGUCAUACUCGAGCCGGACAAGGUACAUCCCAAAUCAAGCAAUCAAAGCAAUACUAAACGCAGCGAUAAUAGGCCAGAAUGUAAAUGUGUGCUCGCAAGUCAAAGUUUCUCUGCUGGGAAAUUUUACUUUGAGGUAGAUGUUAAAAGCAGAUCCAAGUGGGUUUUGGGCGUGGCUAAAGAGCUCCAUGUUAACAAGGAAGUUGCUCUGAGCCCCCGAAAUACAUAUUGGACCAUAUGUAUGAGAAAUAAACAAGAGUGGUAUGCAGGAUGCGAGCCUUCAGUGCGGCUGUCACUAAAGUCCAGGCCAGAGAAAGUGGGAGUUUUUGUGGAUUACGAGGAAGGCUUGGUGUCCUUUUAUGAUGCCAAUCAGGCAGGUCUAAUCUACACAUUCACAGGCUGUAAUUUCACUCACAAAGUCCACCCUUUCUUCAGUCCAUGUGAGAAUGAUGGCGCACAGCUGCACACACUGCCUGAUUCGUCCUGUGUAGUACAAUAGACAAUAUUUACUGUAUUUGUACUAUGGUUGUAAAAAAAUAUAGACACUGAGCAAGACAGCUAGUACUGAAGCUUCAUGGUCAUUUAUAACAUAUUUGGCAUGAUUACUGAGAAGAAACGUCACAGUUUUACAGUUUGUUAAAAAAAAAACAAAAAAAACCAACUCUGAACAGCUUUAUGAAAUAAAACUUUCUGAAUAUCAAGUGAAUGUGAUAUAAACAGCCAGUUAAAAAACAAAAAAACUAAAAAAACACACAUUUAAAUCAAUUUAUAUUAUUAUCCAAAUAGAUGUCACAAAAAAUAAAAAAUGUAAUUUAAAAAAAUCACUAAACGUUGAUAAUUAUUAUUUUAUAAAGAGGGACAGAUUUAUGAAGCCAUAUUUAAAUCACUAUCAUUAAUAGUUUUUAUUUGACAUAUUUGGGUAAUGACAAUAUAGUCAAACUUUACUGUUAUUUCAACUAUUAUGUGUAUCAUGUUUUACUUUACUAUUUUUUCUGUUGCCUACUAACAUUAAUUAAACUCUGUACACUGUA